CAAUGAUCGUUCUACCCUAGCACGAUCUUCGUCAAGGAAUAGCAUAGUAACCCUUGUGCUACACAGCCCAAAAUGCUAUAGGCUAUCUGUUUGUUCUAAAAGACUUCCGAUAGGAAGCUCGAAAAGGAGCUUUGCGCCAUCUGCAGCUACAUUUUCUGUUAUGGCGCCCAUUCAGCUUAAUGUCAGUUGAGUGAGCGGUUUACACCACUGUAAGAGUAGGAUGUUGCUACUUGGCCGCAGUGCUUUCCUAAUUCCAAAUGACGGGCAAUGUUUGAUGACGCCAGAAGAUACUGUUAUUGCCUUAAGAUUCCCGGAUGUUUUGUCUCCGUCUAUAAUAAACUCCCUCUGUGGACCUUCGGGGAUCUCGAUCGCAUGGGCUGCCACUUUUGGGAAAUUUCAGUCGGCGAGCGGCAAAGGCAAGUGCGACGGGCAGCACUCGCCCGGCGGUCCUUGCCUUAUUAAUUAUGUGUUGCAAAUGGUGCCUUCCUUAAUCCGAGCCUGCAACGUCACACAAGAAACAGCAGACUUUAGGGACGGGACUCCACUCCACCUGGCUUAAGCAACCUCAGGUAAGAACAUACCGACCAGCGACUUCCCUACGCACUUCCCGUGCAACACCAGCCCUCAUCUUCCUCUAUCCCAGACAAUUCUGCAUUCAACAAGCCAGCACAAAUAGACACUAGAGGCGUCGCGCCUUUGCUAUUGUCAGCUGCAAUUCGCAGAUCCAUCGGGAGACAAGCGGAUAGCAUUUCCCUAGCCGGUUGUGCCCUUUCCACUCUUCAAUCACUUGACUACCCUACUCUCCUCGUUUCCCAGACCGCAUCACAGCAAAAGAGACAAACACUUAAUUCAGUGCCAGCGCAACAGGAUUGCAGCCUACCUACUUCUGCAUUCUGUUCUCUAUCCAGGUCGUCUGGUUAAAUACUUCACCUUGUUCCACAUUUUAUUCUACUCUACCCUUUCCAUUGCCAUCGACUGUAGAAGACCAUCCCACCCAUACGUGGUCUUAGUUUCCGGCUAAGCUCGCGACAUCUUCAGUUCACUUCGAAUCAACAUAUUUGUUACUCGUCCACUCUCGCUGACUGGAAGUUGUGAUCGUUCUGCGAUCGUUUAUGCGACGCUGUUCAUACAAUUAGCCAUCCGCAUACGUCAACUAUCUUUCCAAACGUGACCAUGACAUCAAACACCCCCGCGACGGCUUACCCGUGGGAAUGUAGGGACAAGGAAGACCAGGCUAAGGCUGCCUUUAACCAUCCUCUCCGCCGUGCAAAUCAGUCUCUUACCGAAGAGAACAUGAAACUUAAGCGUAUUCUGCGCGAAAAUGGCAUUUCCUGGUCUUCCGUCGCUCUGAGCCAUAUGAAUCAACACAAUCCUUUGAAGCGCAAGACCCGAUCUUCUAUGACCGCUCAGGAGCUUGGUCACCCCUACCUUCCUAUGGAAGUCAUUCUUCGUAUUCUGAAGUUCGCUAUGAAAUCUCCUUUCCCAAUUGUCGAUCCUCUGUCCCCCCUUACACCUGAGAACAUGUCUGACAAAGAGAAAACGCGAGGCAACCAGAUUGCGAUUAAUUUCCUGGCUACCUGCAGAGCUCUUCACGUCGAAGGUACUCGAUACCUCUGGGAGUCGAACAACUUUACUUUCACAACUCCUCAAGCUGUUCGUACCUUUGCCGAGCUUCCCGUCAAAUUUCGUCAAGGUAUCACCCAUAUCACCUUUCGUGUUAUUGCACGAUACUAUGACGAUCAGCCUUGUCGCCGACACAAACUGGACCGCUGUUAUCAUGGCGAUUUAAAGAAGGACCACGUCUUGAAAGUUCAGCAACGCCCAACCGAGUCUCCUCUCAUUCGUGGUGGCUUCCGGUGCUACACUUGGAACCAGAUUGUCGACUUUCUCGAGGGGCUUCGUGCACCCUUCGAUCCGAUUUACCGAAACAGGAAGCAGCCACGACCACGAAUGCUGCCAUCUCUUGUGUCUCUGCGCCUUGACCUGGUGAAUUUCUCCGACACUCUUCUCCCCUUCUCCGGAUCCGAACUUCACGAUAUUUGCUCUCAUGAACUCGGCUGCACCCUGAAUGAACUCCAAGUCACGGGUAUGCCAUUUGAUGAUACUGGAAUGAAGGCAUCUGCCGAAAUGAGCGGCAUGCUCAAAGACGAAGGUUUGUAUCUUGAUGGCCCGGCUUCCUAUAUGGCUCACUCUAGGCAUCUCCAACCUCUCUCUGGCAAGAAAUGGUGUGCUCGGGUGAUUCGGGCGUGGAAGCCCAAGGAUGACGACGAUGAAGACAGUGAAAACGAUUCGGAUACUGUUCAUGGCCACUCCCACAGCCAUGUCAGGCUUGGCGCUUUGCCUCCUGCCCCGACUGAAGAGGGCCACCCAACUUCAAACCGCGACGAAGAAUCAGUCAUAUGGAAACGAGUGCCGGUCUCUAGAGACAUGGAGAAGCGGGAUUGGGUCCAGUUUUCUCGCUCUAGUGGAUACGAGAUUAGCGAUGUCGAUUGGGACAGCGACGAGGAGGGUAUCUGCCCCUGUUGCGGAGAAUCCCACCCAGGCUCGUCCUUCCUGGAGAUUCUAGUGGAUGAAGACCUUGCUGACUGAGAAUCAGUAUAAUUAUACUAUGGGACAUUGGCGUUGAAAAUGGGGAAUCGACGACGGGAUUGUUGCGAAUUAUAUGUUUAUCUCCGAACAUGCUUAGAUACCCCUACAAGCGAUGAGGAUGCUUAUGUUUUUUUUGUUUUUUUUUUACCGAACUGGAAUGGAGUCUAAGGAACAAAAUGAUAUGGGGAAUUAGCGUGAUGGGAAUGGGCAUCAUUUCUAGACAGGUUAAUGCCUAAUUCAGUUUCCAUAUAGGCAAAGGUUGCCCGAGAUCGAAGGUGUAACAUGGAAACACUGAAUAUGAGUGACGGAGCGACGUCUUGCAACAUGAGCAAUUCGUAUAUGGUCUAUAGGGGUCUAUGAAUUCGAUUACAUUAUGUAACUGUGACAAUAUCAUAAUAAUUGAUCAGAUACCCGAGUCGUCCUGCUCCAUCUUCAUCUUGUGUGAGAAGUCAUUCCAUGCUCUGCAACCUUCUUCGAUAUCCUUGUAUUCAUGGUCCGACACGAGGCUUGGGAUUUCGUCUUCUCGGACAAUAAAUUGUAGCGAGAAGCCUUCAGCAGCGUGCCAACCUAUAUGGCAGUGCAUGAGCCACACACCUGGAUUGUCAGUGAGAAAUGCGAUUACAAGGUGUCCUUUGGCAGGCAGAAGAGCAGUGUCACGGCGUGGCGGGUUUUCUGUGUUGAGGGUGACAUUUGGAUUGUAUGGACCAGGGCCUUGAGCGAGAAUCUGAAAAUCGAAUCCGUGAAGGUGGAUAGGAUGAGAGAUAUCCUGUUCUGUCUCGAUAGCAAGGUAAACCCAGACAUCCCUUUUGGGAACGCGAAUGACAGCAUUAAACUUGGUGAAUGAGGCGCUGUUAUUGAGCUUAAGGAGGGAGGGUUCGCCCCAUUCUGCG